AGCAAAGGAAUUUCCCCACCCCCCUCCAAUCCCAAAAACCCUAGUGCCAAUAGCAACACCAUUAAAACACUAAACAAAAAUCACACCCCAGAAGGAAAACAAACAAUCAAACAAACAAACACAAAAAAUGAAGCCUUGGGGAAAUUUAGGAGUUGUAGAAACCAUUUAUGAAGAUGAAGUUUAUGAUGAUGAUGAUGAUGAUGAUGAUGAUGAUGAUGAUGAUUCUUCCAACUCUCCUUCACUUCUCUCUUCUCCUCCUUCACCUCUCCAUUCAAGUGCACAAGCUUGGUCAUCGGCAAUGGGGUGUAAAACUGACGUGUUGAUACAUGUACAGGGAACUGCUUUUCACCUUCAUAAGGAUCCUCUGAUAUCCAGGAGCACCUAUUUAAGGCGGAAAUUAACUGAAAAAUCAGAAUUGACGUUAUCCCCGCCGUUAAACAUAACCGCCGAAACAUUCGCUCUCGUUGUCGAUUUCUGUUACGGGACUCACCUCCUCGUAACGCCGUUCAACGUAGCGUCACUCUUGGUAGCAGCGGACCUCCUCGGAAUGACGGAGGCCAAAGGUGAGGACGACAGUAACUUGAAGCAGAUGACUGAGAAUUACUUCCAAAAAUUCAUCGCCGUUAACGGAAAGUACGCGGCGAUUGUUUUCAAGUCUUGCCUGGCCUUGCUCCCGGAGGCGGAAACGACGUCGUUUCUCGUUAGUAGAUGCGUAGAGGUUAUGAAUUUAACGGAGGAUAGUAAGGGAUUGGACGGUUAUUUUGACGACGUUAUUUCUUUGCGCGCCGAUGAUUUCAAAAUCGUUGCUGAGUCUAUGCACCAACGAUUUGAGUACCAGGAUUUGCUUUACAGAAUCGUUGAUUUUUAUCUCGAGGAGCACAAUGCGAAGAUAACGGAAGAGCAGAAGACGCAGAUAUGUAAUUCCAUAGACUGCAACAAGCUCUCACCUCAACUGCUCUUACAUGCAGUGCAAAACCCUCGAAUGCCAUUGCGGUUCGUGGUCCGAGCCAUGUUGGUGGAACAACUCAAUACCCGCCGCUCCAUUCUAUCAGCCGCCAAUCACCAAUACUACCCUCGCAGGCAUCGCCCUACAAACAGCAACAACGAGGACGACGACAACAGCAACGUUACCCUCGGUGAAAUCCUCCAACGCGAUGCCACCAAGCGUGAAACGGCUCAACUCAAGGCAGCAAUGGACGCCACCAGUUCCCGCAUCCAAACCCUGGAGAAACAGCUUCUUUGCAUGAAAAAGUUAUUGCAAGAAUCUGAUCAUGAGAAUGUUAUUGAAAGAAGUGGUGGUGGAUGUAGAGAUGUACUGGAAUCGGGCCGGUCUGCUAGCUUCCAUUACGGUUCAGGGAGAAAGAUUGAAAGAGCAUAUAAUGGAGCUCCUGCUUCAGCCAGUUUUCGGUUUAGCUGUGGUCCAGAAGAGAGGGCAUUGGGGUGUUCAUCAUCGGAGAAUUCAGGCAUCAAGAAAAAUAUUGGGCAGAGGUUGAUUAAAGGGUUAAAAUGCGCAUUGCAACCAAAAAUGGCACUAAUCACAAGAAAAGUUUAACAUUACCGGAAAAUGGUAUAUCUUUUUUAAUACAAAAGAACUAACUAGCUGAAUGGUAUAUUACAUACUGGUUCCCAUUUUAGUCUUACCCAUGCAUUCCAUUAGAAACGAAGGGAUUCUGAUUAUGCAUAAUUAGUGUUCAAAUCUUGGUUUGCUUUUGUUUUUCCUCUAUGCAACUCAUAUUUCAUGUAUUAAUUAUAUUUUUCAUA